AAAUUUGGAGGAAAGACUCAAGUAAACAAAAUGGACAUUGAACCUGGAAAGAAAAUUUAUUCUACCUCAUUCAAUCAGGAUUGCACUUGUUUAGCGGUGGGACAUGAGGAUGGCUUUUGUUUCUACUCUCUUCACUCAAUUGAUAAACUUGAAAAAAUACAGGAAUAUUCAACUCCUUGUCCUUUUAUUGUUGAGAGGCUGUUUAAUAAAUCUUUGAUAACUUAUUCUUCGAUGAACAAUAAAGAAAAAUUAAAGAUUUUGAAAGUAAGGUGGUCUUACACGUACCCUGACCAUAUACUUGCUGUCCGAAUAAAUAAAGCGAUGGUUGUGGUCUGUUUGGAGGAUACUAUUCACAUUCACAAAAUUGUCAGCAUGAAGAAAUUACAAUCCCCUCAAUCCCUCGAUAUUCCAUCAAAUCCCCAAGGAAUUGUGGAUCUUUCAAUUGAUGACAACAAUUGCUUCCUUGCCUUUCCUGCUUCUUCAAACACUGGACAUGUACAUAUUUUUGAUGCCAGGAAUUUAAUUACUGUUUGUCAAAUUACUGCCCAUGAUAGUGUUUUGGCUGCUGUUAAAUUCAACCCGGAAGGAGACAAACUUGCUACAGGAUCAGAGGAGGGAACUGUGAUUCGUGUUUUCUCAAUUCCUGGUGGAGAACGUCUAUUUGAAUUUGUCUGUGGAGUCAGUCGCUGUGUUCAAAUAAGCUCUCUUGCCUUCUCCCAAGAUUCUCGAUUUUUGUGUCUUUCAUCAAACACCGAAACUGUUCAUGUGUUCUCCUUGGCUAAACUUGAUCCUCAAUUGGAGAGGGGAAAAAUUUUUGCGAUAGCUAAACUGCCUAUACUUGGACAUAAAACAGUUGUGGCUAUGCCUAAAGUUCAGGAAAUUGAUUACUUAAUUGUUGCGAGUAUGGAAGGCUAUCUUUUCUGGUACUCAUUGCCUACUUCUAGCGAUGUCAGUGAAUGCAAGCUUCUACGCCAGUACAAAAUUGGGCCUAAAAAGAGUUCUAAGGAUGGAGGUGAAAGAGAAAUUGGUGGAAUUCAAAUAUCAACUCCGCAGACAAAUUUGGAACUAGAUCUUCAAAAUACCCCAGAAGGAUUUUCACAAACUACUGGUUCAUUUAAAACAUUAAGUGGGUCCUCAUCAUUGUUUGGAACUUCAUACACUAGUGUCAAACUUCAACAGCAACUUCAUUCUGCUUCGAAUACACCAAAGGUUCUAUCGACACCUAAACCUUUAUCAACAAAAGAUUUAACUAAAGGUUUUUUUUUGAAAUUUUAG